AUGUCUAUCGCGCUGUCCGCCGUUCUCGACGGCGCAGGCGACGGCUGGGUCGAAAUUCGCGCUCAGGCAUCUCCGCUCCGGGGACUGCACCUCCGCCUCGUCGCCUGCUCCGACGCCGACGCCGCCAGUGACUCCUGCCUGCCGGUCGCCGUGUUUGGCGGCGCCGGCGGCGCAGCGGAGGCCGCCGGCUGGUUCGUCUCGGCCGGCCACGCCCUCGCCCACGGCGUGUACGGCUUCUGCCUCGACGGCCCUUGCGAAGUCAGUGGAGGAGGCGGUGAGGGUCCGCUGCUCACACGGCUGAGCGUCGCGCUGCCGCUGAUCGGCCGCAGCACCGUAGUCUGCACCUCGGCCGGAGACCGCCUCUUUGCCGGCGUCGGGGCGGAGCCGGUCGAGCUGCCGCAGGCGUGCAGCCAACCUCUGGUCUUCGGUGGCAACGUGAGCGCGGGCGGCGGCCGCUCGGCCUUCGUCAAGACGUACAAGACGGGCUCCUCGACCCUCGCCUCGCUGCUGCAGCGCCGCGCAGACAGCCGCGGCCUCGACGUCGCGGUCAACGCGCGCGCG